GAUUAUUGGCUCCAAAGGAACACACAAACGCCAGCUAUAGUCUAUCUGCCACAUGGAAAGACCUGUAGAGACAAGAGUUACCUGAAGGGCCAUGUUUUCAAGGAGAAAAAACAGGCCUUUAGUUCUCUCUGUCAAUGACAGUAACUAUGCUCCAGUACGUUUGAAGCGAUGUUUACGUUCACAACUCAUGUUAUUUGUUUGACUCUCAUUCCAGAUUACUAACUCAGCUCCGAUGUUUCACUACUAUAGGCGCCCAAUCCGAACACCUUGCGUCCACAACCGGCGACAGGCCAGAAAUCAGAGGAGGUGACGGUUAACAAUUUGCCUCCAGCUCAGUCGCCACCACAACUACACCCGAUCCAACAGCUUGCUAACACAUACAACGAGACCAAGAGGCCGAUACCACCGGCUGUGCUAAAGGCCAACAAGGCCCCGAAACCGCCUACAAUCAUCAACAACUACUACUAUGUCCAGGCUCCUCCUCCCCCUCCGAACAUGCCCUUGAUGCAGACCUAUGCAGAACCUCAUCACUCUCCUCUCACUGAUCAAUUACUAUCGCAAUCACCUCAACAGCAGCAGCAGCAACAUUUGCCCUCACAGCCUCAACCACAGUCUCAACCGCAAUCACAUCACCAUCUUCAACAUCAUCACAACCACCAACAUGACCCGCUCCAGUACCAGCAGUUGCCAAGAGCACUAUCUCCGCAAAACUACCCUCCUGCAAAGUCGCCGAAUGAACCUUACGAUGACGUUCGAGAGUAUAGACAAAGAUCUGAUGGGAGACGGAGUCCACACCGUGAAAUUUCCAACCAUUCUACAGCCUCCACCGAUCACGCUCAACAAAAGUACUCUACUUACCGCAAGUCACCAUCCAGAAUAAGUUCUGCAGGCUCACUCGCCUCCGAAGGUAACUUCGGCACUCAUAACGCAUAUGAUUCAUUCGUUAAAAGGAGCGGAAAAGGCCAUUCAUCUAGUCGGUCUUCACCUGUGAAAAAAGAAUCUUUGAUCGACAAUUUAUACCAAAGGGAAAGCAUAUACUCCUCCGCUUCGAUUAGUGACAGUUCAAGAAAUAAAGUUCCGCGUGAAGAAAGGGACCAUGUUGUUGCCCGAAUACCCAAUGUUGCAGCAGCGUGCCACGAUGAAGAUUCGUUAGAUCAUCAGAUUUCUAAUCUGAGUCUAAAUAAUGAUAACAAUUUGAUAAAAGAGUUGAUGAAACUGAAAGAUGAUGAAAUAAAUGUGCAUAGUGAGGAGAUCUUUCACUUCUUCGACGACUGUUGUCUAUCCAGCUCCUCGAUGAGUAUAGAGCAAUUGGGAAGUAUUUUGUAUGACCCUUAUGAUUCCAGCUCUAGGCUUUCAUUCAAAACGUUGAACGUUUUGAUGAAUACGUUUGCAUCCAAAACAAAUCAUGACGAAAUGGAUUUCCGCACGUUCGUGAAGAUGUGUAAAUUUGUGAAAGGCUGUUACGUAUCAUUCAAUUAUCACGACAAAAGAGGUAAUGAUCAUGUCUUAGAUUUUGAUGAGUUCCAGUUAGCAUUACACUCAAAUCGUAUUGUAUGCUCUGAUAGACUAUUGGCUGAAAUCUUCCAGGAUUCAGAAGCUCUAGAUUUUGAGCAAUACUUGGUUGCAAUCAUACUGAUAAGAAAAAAUGAAACCAACAAACAUUGAGGGGUGUUAAUGGUAUAGUACAGUUCAUAUUUUGUAUUUCUAGUGGAACUUUAUUUUUGUUUGUAGGCGUCUUUUUUUUAGUUCUGUUCUUCACGUCCAGUCGGGCGUGAAGCUAUAAUAUUACAAAAAUUUAUUAAAACAAAUCAUCAUAGUCAUUCUCGUCCUCUUCAUCUUGUUCCUCUUCAUUCUGUUCAUUGGUUUCAUAGUUUCCUCCGGCGUCUUGUUCACCCUUCUCAUCGCCCGCUUCCACCUCGUCUUCUUCAUC